CUCUUCAAUCCGGAGCUUCGCAUCAAUGGCGAGCAUCGACUGUUAAUUUAGUCUCCUCUUCGUCCAAUUCGAGAGGGAGAGAAGGAGAGAGAGAGAGAGGGAGAUGGUUCGGUGGGCCGCGGCUCGAUCUGAGUCGCCGGAGGAGGUAGAGAGAGAGGAGAGCGGAGGAAAACGGCAGGCGGAGGAGGAGGAGGGGAGAUGGGGAAGGAUGCUGCCGGAGCUUCUGGGAGAGAUCGUGAGGCGGGUGGACGCCGGCGGGGAGCAGUGGCCGCAGAGGAAGGACAUCGUAGCCUACGCCGGCGUCUGUCGUAGGUGGAGAGACACGGCGCGGGGUAUCGUUCGUCAGCUGCGUGAGAACGGCGACAUCACCUUCCCAUCUUCGCUCAAAGAGCCUGGACCGAGGGACUCUCCAGUACAAUGCUUGAUCAGAAGGAACAAGAGCAACUCCACAUACUGUCUCUAUCUCGGCCUUACAGAAUCUUUUACAGAUAAGGGAAAGUUCCUUUUGGCGGCACGACAAUUUAAGCAUGGGGCUCACACAGAGUAUAUUAUCUCUCUCGAUGCUGAUGAUUUGUCUCAAGGAAGUAAUGCAUACAUGGGAAAAUUGAGGUCUAAUAUUUUGGGUACAAAGUUUAAAAUCUAUGACAGCCAGCCUCCUUACAAUGGUGCAAAGGUGUCAAGUAGCCGAACAAGUAGACGGUUUACCAGCAAGCAAAUCAGUCCACAGGUCCCUGCCGGCAACUUUGUUAUUGGGCAGGUCUCUUACAAAUUUAACCUUCUGAAAAGAGGGCCUAGGAGGAUGCACUGCACUUUGCAAUGUCCUUCGGCAAAGGACACAACAGGGGAGGGAGAUUCUCCAAAGUCCAAGGCACACAACCCAGGGACAACCAUUCUCAAGAACAAAGCUCCUCGGUGGCACGAGCACCUGCAAUGCUGGUGCUUGAAUUUCCAUGGCCGCGUCACAGUCGCCUCCGUGAAGAACUUUCAGCUGGCGGCAACCGAAGAUGCUAGCCAGCCUUCUGGGAUCGGAGACCAAGAGACCGUGCUGCUACAAUUUGGGAAGGUAGGGGACGAUACCUUCACCAUGGAUUUCCGUCAGCCACUGUCAGCCUUCCAAGCCUUCGCUAUCUGUCUUACUAGCUUCGGAACAAAAUUUGCUUGCGAAUAAGGCUAAUCUUAGGUUUUCAUCCAGGCAGAGACAAAGGAUUUGCCAUUGUAUGUAGUUCUAUCAUGGGACGGAUAGAUCUUUUGGUUUUUUUCGGAGUGUAUUUUAUUGCUCAUGGUGUAAACAAUGAUUGAUCUUCGAUGGGUGCAAGUAUCUUUCUUUUC